UUGUAUUUUGAUUCAGGAUCUCAAAAAUUGAUGCAAAUUAGGUCACUGUUUCUCUUCAAUUCAUGUAUAUUACUGAAUUUGGUUAGUUUUGGAGAGAUUUUAAAGGAAAAUCUAGUUGUAAUUUGGGAAAGAGAAUUACUGCAUUAUUUGUAUGCUGCUGAUAAGGAUACUGUGAAUUGGUGGGUUUAUGUUGUUGUAGCCCUUUCCUUUUUUUUUUGUAGCUUUAUGUGGUUGAGUGGGAUAUGUAAUGAUUCUAUAUUCUUCUUCAAUGAUGCAUUAUGUAACACUUAGGCAAAUACCGGCUGUGGACACAAUAGAUGUUGGGUUCAUAACCAAGGCGGCGUUUUGGGAACGAUGACUAUGCUCCGCGCAAGGCCUAUGUGUCUUGAGUGUGCCUUGCGCCUUUGACAACAUAGAGUAGUACUAGGAUGUGUGAGUCAAAUUUACUAGUCAACAUAAAGAAAACCUUGUCAUGACUAUGUUCAGUUGCUGUUGUGGGACGGUAGCUUCCCCAACUAGAGUUUCAGCAAACAAUCAGGGAAGCAACAUUGAUGUUAGUACAGAACUUUUGGAUGUUGAGAAUAUGAGAUUUUAUACAUACAAGGAUCUGAAAGUUGCUACUGCAGAUUUUAGACUGGAAAAUAAGAUAGGGCAGGGAGGUUUUGGUUCCGUUUACAAGGGAAUACUAAAAGAUGGAUUAGUAGUUGCUAUAAAGGUUCUCUCUGCUGAUUCAAGGCAAGGCGUGCGGGAGUUCUUGAAUGAAAUAACCGUUAUUUCAGAUAUGCAACAUGAAAACCUAGUCAAGUUGCACGGUUAUUGUGUGGAAAGAGAUCAUAGAAUCUUGGUCUAUGGUUACCUUAAAAACGGUAGUCUAGAUCAAACCCUACUUGGAAACGGUGAUUGUAGCAUUCGUUUCACAUGGAAAAUUAGAAGGAAGAUAUGCAUAGGUGUUGCAAAGGGGCUUGCUUAUCUUCACGAGGAAGUGCAGCCUCAUGUUAUUCAUAGGGAUAUAAAGCCAAGCAAUAUUUUGCUUGAUGUAGAUUUUACACCAAAAAUUUCUGAUUUUGGUCUUGCAAAGCUUUUCCCAGAUCAUUUGACUCAUAUUAGCACGCGCAUUGCAGGAACUCAAGGCUACUUGGCCCCAGAGUAUUUAAUAAGAGGCCACUUGUCAAGGAAAGCAGACAUCUACAGUUUUGGUAUUUUGCUUUUGGAGAUCGUUUCGGGAAGACCCAACCAAGACAGACGGUUACCCGAUGAAGAACAAUAUCUUCUUGAUCUGGCACGACAACUAUAUCGAGAAGGAGAGUUACAACGGUUGGUCGAUACUUCAGUGGAAGAAGACGCUGAUAUCUACGAAGCUUGUCGAUACUUAAAAAUCGGUCUUCUUUGCACCCAAAUUCUGCCAAAAAGCCGACCAUCCAUGUCAAAUGUCGUGAAUAUGUUAAAUGAUAAUGAUGACAUAGAGUUUGAUGAAAAUGAUUUAUCUGGUCCAGCAUUAUCAUCUAAUGUUUCAAGACAAGAUGACGAUUCUUCUUCGUAUGGAAACACGAAGACAUCGUGUGCCACUAUGACUUUCACAACAAUCACUCACCGAUGAUGAUCCUGAAUAGCUUAACUCAUAAGUAUUGUAGCAGUGUCAUUUUUGUAGAUAUGUACAUAUAUAUUGAAAAGGAAAGCAUCAUUCGUAGGUUUGUAUUGCUAAGACAAGUAAUUAGCGUAGGUGGCAGUUACUACUGCAGAUGAAGAUCCCGCCGAUAUGGGGUUACCACACAUGGUGAUAGUGUGAAAAAUGUUGUUAUAGAGUUAUCGUAAGUAUAUUAGCCAUAGAGUAUCUUCUCGUCGUUUUUAUUUAUUAUUGUCAUGGAAGCUUUCUCAUGUCUUUUUCGAAGGUCUCAAGUUACUAAACAAUGGCCUGCUUAUCUCAAGUUUGUUGUUCGCGGAUGAUGCGCUCAUAAUUGGUGAAUGGUCUCGUGAAAAUGUGUUAAACAUGUUGCGGAUACUUAGAUGUUUUCACUUAGUGUCGGGGUUACAAGUUAAUUGCAUGAAAUCCAAUUUGUAUGGGAUUGGUGUGGUGGAGGAGGAGGUGUCAAGCUUUGCAAAUGAUAUUCGGUGUAAUAUGGGGACGUUUCCUUGCAAGUAUCUCGGCCCUGUCGUGGGUACAAAUAUGAAUCGAAUUGCGAGUUGGAGACUGGUAGUGGAGGCAUUCGACAAAAGGCUUGCUUUAUGGAAAUCUUCCUUAAUUUCGGGGGAGGAAGAUUAACUUUAUUAAAAGUGGUCAUGGAAACAAUACUCACGUAUUUUUUCUCUUUAUAUAACGCUCCAAAGGCGGUUAUAGAUUGUCUGGAGGCAAAAUGGCGAAGGUUUUUGUGGGGCGGGGACGAGAACAUAGAUAAAAUGGCGUGUGGGUUAAUUGGAAAAGAAUAAGGAAAAGAAUAACCACUGCGGUGGAAGAAGGCGGAUUGGGUCUUACCCCUCUUCGAGAUGUGAACACGGCGCUUUUAGCGAAAUGGUGGUAGCGGUUUAAGACCGAAACAAAUGCGUUAUGGCGACAAGUUAUCUUAGCCAUUCAUGGCUCUAGUCGCUCAACGUCGGGUCUUCCUCACAUGAAGUCCGUUUCCGGGGUUUGGAAUACGAUUGCAAACCUGGAGGAUAGGUUGGCCAAAUCGGGCUUAUCCAUGAAUAACUUGAUUAAAGGAAAGGUGGGGUCGGGCGAAAAAAUUCGGUUGUGGACCGAUUCGUGGCUUUAUCUGGAGCCUUUGAAAAAUAGAUUCCCUAAUUUGUUUGCUUUGGAAAAAAGUAAGAAUAUGCUCCAGGGGUUUUCUUUUUCUAGUCAGAUAGAUGGAUGGGAAUGGAUCAAAGAGGAAGAUGGUUGUUCAAAGUUGCUUCAAUAAAACAGGUUCUAUUCGAAAUAUCCAACGAUCCGGUCAAUUUUAUUAUGGAUUGGAACAGCUGGGUGCCUAAAAAGGUUAAUCUUUUUAUGUGGAAAGCGGAGAUGAAUCGUAUUCUGACUUUAGUGGCGCUUAGAAACAGGAAUGUAAAUAUGGAGUCGGUGGUGUGCGGUUUAUGUGGCGAGCAAGACAAAUCCAACGAGCACCUUCUUAUUUCGUGUGAGUUUGCCUCGGCUGUGUGGAAUUAUAUUAGUAGCUAGUGUGGUGUAUCUCCAAUCUUCGCUUUCUCGGUUCGGGAUUUAUUAACUUUACACCAUAAUUCGAGACUUGGGAGGCAGAAAAACAAAGUCUUCCAAGGCGUUAUCAUGACGGCUGGUUGGCGAGAAACGAUAAGCUCUACUUGAACAAAUCAGCUACGGUCACUAAAGUUGUGGAAGACAUUACAUCCCUCGAAUAUCUUUGGAUAAAGAAUAGAUCCCCUCUGUAGAGGUCUGGGUUGGAGUAAUUGGUGUAAUUUUAUUUUUUGAGUAUUGUAUGUUUGUGCUAGCUUCUUGCUAGUUUGUCUCGGUGAAAAGUUGCCGUUCAACUUUU